AUGUUUGCAACUCAUAACACUUUUAACAAGACUAUAAGCUCAGAUUUGAUUGGCAAUAAUUCAGGCAAUAGACCAUUAAUGACAUCUAAGUUUUAGAAUAAUAAAAAUAGUUCUCCAAUCAAAAUGAAUAUGAGCGGCUAUGGACUUGACAACUCUCCUGAUAGAUAGACAAGUUAAAGUUUUUUCUCUAAGAAUGACAUUGCUCAUUCUCACAAUAUAAAGAUCAGACCAAGGAUUUUGAGGUCUAUUAAUAACAGGACUUAGGAGCCUAUUACAAAUAGCAAUCUAGCUCCAAUAUCUUAAGACAGUCUAACACCUUAGUAAGCUAAGCAAGAAGAAGUAAAAGCUUAUCAUGAUACGAGAUUGAAAUUUAAAAACUACCUUUAAUCUUUUUCAGUAUAGAAUGCUUAGAAGCUCCAAUCAUCAUCAAUUAAUAGAAUCAAAGGUGAGUUUUUAAAGAAUCAACUUAAUCAAAUGAAAAAGCAUGAGUAGACAAAGUUUCUCAAAGGAAUACUUAAGAAAUAGACCAGGCUGGCGAAGGAUCUGAAACAUGUUAAAAUGGAUAACUAUUCUUUAGGUUCAGAUACAGAAAUCUCUAUUACAUCAUCUGAAUCCUAGUAUUCCUCUGAUAGGGAUAAAGUGCCCUCGGAGCUUGAAUUCGACCAGAUGCCUUUUCAUUACUAAUAUAACAUAAAUGACUCAGAUUUCCUAAAGGAAAAGAAAUUUCAAUUAAGACUAAGGGAUUUAUAUAAGAUGUUGUCUAAAAACUAGGUUGUAGUUCUGCCAGACCCUCAGAUUCGAUCGAGAGAUGCUCAGCCUAUGUUCCAAAUAUUUACAGCUGAUUUCAGAGAGAGGAAGAAGUAUUAGAAAUUCAAGAAUGCUUAUAUGGCAGGGGAUGUAAAGAAGGAAACUAGUGAAUUCAUGGCAGAUAUAAUCAAACCACAAAUUACUAAAAUAAUGCAGUAGAACAAGAAUAUGGGCCAGUCAGAUUCAAUUAAAUUUGAAAAGAUCCGUCUGAAGAGUCUCAUCAAGAAGCAAAAGGAACUUUAGCUAAGAAAGAAAGAGGAAGAUAAGGAAAAACUAGAUAAAAUCAAGGUAGAUCCAAUUAAAGUUAAGCAAGAAUACACUUAGAAUUUCUUAAAAAUGCGACGAGAGAUGAAGCAGUAAAAACUCAAUCAGUCAUAACUAUCGGCUGGGAAAUAAGCUGAAAAGUCAAAGGAUGCUGAAAUUAAAAAUAAAUUAGAAUAGAGUGGAGGUAGCAGUGAAAGGAAGAAGCAAAAAUAUAGCAAAAUUGACACUGUUGAUAGUACUACCAUACUAGAGAAGCAGGAUCCAUUUGUAGAUGGAAAAAGAAAUUCAAAAGCUUAAAAUAUGGACUAGUUUUUUUCUUAAUACACAAGAAGAUCAACAGUUGUCUAUUAACCAUCACUAAUGCUUUAGGCCUUCAUGAUCCAUGAUGGCUAGGAGGAUAACGAUAGAUUUUUGAAAGUCAAACAAGAAUGGAUCGAUAUGAAACGUAAACUAGAAAACAAGAUAAGUACUAAUAAUAAGAAAUAUGAAUCGAUAGAACAAAUUUUAUCUCUUACCAAAGAUCGAGAUUAAGCUUCACCAAUUUAUAGAUCUUCCUUAAUCAAAUAAAAAUUUGCUAAGAUUCAAGAAAAGAAGGAAUCAAGAGCCAGCUAAAUAAGAAAUUUGCUUAUAAAACACAGUACGAUAGGUGGUGGAAUAAGAAAUAAAAGCUAGGUAAUUCAUAAAAUGAACACCUAUCAGGCUUUUAACAUGAAUGUAAAUAGCCAAGAAAGAAGAGCUACACUGUCUGAUGUUUUCUUUGAGAAGAAAGACAGAGAUAAGAAGUCAGUGAAAAAUAAAAAAAGUGCGAGGAAAAAUAUUUACAACUGA